ACAGUUCAGCCUAACCUCACUUUUUAUCCCUGUUUUGUUUUUGCACAUUGCCUUUACUAUUACUUUUAAUUUCUUUUGAAUACUGAUUAAAAUACUUUGAAAUGGCGAAAAUGAGGAAGACACCUGCGCGAAAUACCAACGACGAAGCCAUCAAUAAAAAAAACAAAUUAGAAAAACGACAAUCGACAGAAACACCUAACAAUGACGAGACUCCGCAAAAAAAGCCUAAAAAAGCCCUUGCCGAGGGUGACGCGCGCAAAAAAUUCUCAAAAACCGGCCUAAAAGGCGACUCAACGAACCCCAAGCUGGCCAAAGCCAAAAAACUGCCAGUGAAGGCUAAAACUCCCCAGACUGAGAAGGUAGAGGACUGGAACAAAUUUAAAAAAGAAAAGAAGGAGCUGCGAAUGAAAAGGAUCAAAGCGAGGACUAAAGACAACUUUGACCGGAUACAAGAGGCAAAAAAAAUGGGUGAAAAGGUUCGUUUAAAAACUUUAAAGGAGGAUGACAGAAAUAAAGUGAUAAAUCAGCUCCAUGGACUUUUAAAGGGCCACUAUGCCAAGUUUGUUUUGGCACAUGACACUGCCAGGAUUGUACAGUGGUUAUUGAAAUAUUCUAGCAAGAUUCUAGUACAUCAAAUAUCACUGGAACUGGUACCUGUAACUGUAAGCAUGCUCCAAUCAAAAUAUGGAAUUUAUUGUGUAAAAAGAUUACUAAAAUAUGGAGAGGAUGACAUUAGGGUACAAGUUAUAGACCAAAUGAAAGGCCAUGCAGUCAAACUGGCCACGCAUUCAGUUAGUGCCCCAGUUCUUGAAUUUGCUUAUUCCACAUAUGCCACCCCAUUACAAAAGCACCUACUAAUCCAAGAAUUUUAUGGCGAUCUCUAUAAAAACUCUAAGGACCUAAAAGUGAAACAUAUUAAAGAUGUUUAUAAAGAUAAUGAAAACAUGAAAAUGGCCACAUUGGGUGCUUGUAAAAGUAACAUAAAAAAGGUUCUGAAUAAGUCUCUAUUGGAUUCUGGUUUGGUACAAAGUGUGCUCAGUCAAUAUUUGCAGGAAUGCUCUGAAAGUGACAGGGCUGAGUUGAUCACUGAGCUGGCACCACAUAUUGUUGUUAUAAGUAAUAGUAAGGAUGGGAGUAAGGCUGCCAUGGAGUGUAUAUGGCAUGGAACUAAUAAGGAGAAGAAAGUUAUCAUGAAAUUCCUAAAAGAACAUCUUAUAGAGCUCUCAAAGCAUGAGUUUGGCUACAGGACAAUAAUCACCCUCCUAGACUCAGUAGAUGACACUGUACUGCUACAUAAAAUCAUCAUCUCAGAGCUCUUAACUAGCGCUAAGGAUUUGGCAGUAAGUGAAUGGGGAAGAAAGGUUUUAUUGUGGUUAGUUGCCCCUGGAGAGUCAACAGUUUUCCAUCCAAAUCUUAUAAAAGAGUUAGAAGCAGGCAGGGAAAAGUCAAACAGCAAGAAAUCACCAGACAUUAGAAGGCAAGAAAUUUUGUCUUAUUCAAUUAACACCUUAUUAAGUCUGGUUACGGAAGAUGCUGGUUUUUGGCUCUCCACUGGAUCUUUGGCUAUCGAAUUGGUAGCUAUUCUGAAGGCUGGCUCUGGCAAUAACUUGAAGGAAGCACUUGAAAAAGUAGUGGAAACCAUAACAGACACUGAAUGGAAAAUCAAGGAAAAUGCUGAACGUGAUAGUGACAUUUUGGGGAUUGAACAUCCAGCAAUUCACAUGACUUUAAAGAAAUUGGCUCAGCAUGAUAAAGUUGCUUUAGAACAAGGAAAAGCCACUUUUGGGGCAUGUUUGGUGGAAGCAUUAACUGAUAAAGUGGUUAAACACUGGAUACAAAUUAACAGGGGCUGCUUUGUGUUGGUCACAGUAUUUGAAAAUAAUGAUGAAAGCGUUCAGCAGAUCCUUAAGGAUAAACUGAAACCCCAUUUAAAGCUGUUAAAAAGCCAAGGAACUUCAGGAUCUAAGAUAUUGCUUAAGAAAAUGUAGUCUUAAGUUCUAAUAAAGGAAUAUUCGAUUUUU